UUAUCAGAAUGUAUAAAGGCCUGGUUUCGGUAGGCAUGCAGCAGCUGCAAGCAGCCGCUGCUUGCAUCCGCUGCUACGUCGGAGUGGUUUCGCUUGUGCAGCCGCUGCGUGCAGCCGAACCGAACUAUCGGGAGUCGCAGUGAGAAUUCGACAGUCAUGGAGUAUGUACUUGCGCUCCAUAUUUUGGAAGAAGAGCAGAGUGAAAUAAUUCUGAAAUACAUGCAAAUGAGAAAUAGAAAAAGGCGAGCUGUACAUUUGAUGUAUAAAAACAGGAGUGAGGAAGGUACCUUCAACAACCUCAUAACAAGGCAUCUAAUAGAUGAUGAAGAAAAAUUCCGUAGUUUUUUUCGGUUGAACAGGAAUCAGUUCAAUUAUGUGCUACAAGCUAUCAAAGAAAAUAUUACGAAGAAGCCAACUAGUUUUGUGAGAAGGCCUAUAUCACCUGAAGAAAAGUUGGCUGUAACUCUCAGAUACUUGGCUACUGGAGAAUCAUUUCGUUCUCUCUCUUUCGGAUUUCGCAUAUCCCACACUUAUAUAUCAAAGAUAGUGAAAGAGGUUUUAACAGCCAUACGUGUUCAACUUUUUCAUGUAUUACUGCCCACUUCAUCAGAAAACGACCUCAAAGUUAGAGCAAAGGAGUUUUGGGAACAAUGGAAUUUUCCCAACUGCGUUGGUGCCAUAGACGGAAAACAUAUACGCAUCGUAUGCCCUCCAAAAAGUGGUUCUCUUUAUUUCAAUUACAAGGAAUAUUUCUCCAUUGUCCUUUUAGCUAUUGUAGACGCAAAUUAUAAAUUUUUGGCAGUUGACAUCGGAUCAUAUGGCAAAGAAGGAGAUAGUGGUAUAUUCUCCAAGUCUAUAAUGGGGCAGAAAAUCUAUCAGGGCACAUUUGGUUUUCCGCCGGACAAUGAAUUACCGAACUCGGAAAGAAAACUACCAUAUGUAAUUGUCGGUGACGAAGCAUUCCGGCUGCAUACAAAUAUUAUGAAACCUUAUAGCAGAGACCAAGCUAAACAAGAUACUCAUAAAGCCAUUUUUAACUAUAGAUUGUGUCGAGCCAGGAGAGUUUCAGAAAAUGCUUUUGGUCUAUUAAGUAAUACUUUCAGAAUUUUUUAUUCACCUAUUGCAGUGGAACCAUCUACGGUAGAUAUCAUAAUUUCUGGGGCCGUCUGCUUACACAACCUUAUAAGAAAUGACUAUGAAAGGGCAAAUAAGAAACAUACAGAAGAAAAUCAAGUAAAAUUAGAUGGACCCCUAAAAAAUUUGAUACCUCUCGCAAGAAGAGGAGGCUUUGCUAAUGCAGAUGGUUUCUUAGUUCGAGAUAAUUUCAAAGAAUAUUUUGUUUCUGAGGGUCAAAUUGCUUGGCAAGAAAUAAUGGUAACAAAAACGUAAGAACGGUUCGAAAUUUUGUAUAUUAAAUUAUAGAAAAAAUGUUUCGUAUUCUCAUACUGAAUUAAAAUAAAAAUAUCAAAAAUAAAAAGCGUUUUACCUGUUUU